GGAGUGUAUUUUGUCGUGAUUAUUUUCACGUCCUACCGUAGAUCUCUAAUUCAUUUUCUGUGUAUCUUUGUGUAACCUUUGUAAUUAGACGCCGGUACCAGUCGAUAUUUACUGAGUUCUUGCCUGGUUUCGUAGGCCAAAGUAUAAUCGCCAGCGUACGGAGUGGACGGACGGGCUGUGCAUAAAAACAAAGGAAGAAGACAACAGAUGUGACAGAGGUCUAAUUUUUCAUGAAAAAAAAUACAUUGGUGCGAUAGAGGAACGAUUAUUCAGUUGAUAUCAUUACGAUAAGCACCUCCAAAUGGGCAAGAGCCGAUUCCUCUGCGGUUAGCUGCUUGGUGUCAACACGUACGGAAUUUUUGAGGUGUAUUUCUGAUCACAGAUCGUAGCGAGAGCGAGAGCGAAAACGUUUACGGGAAUCUUGUUUUAACAGGUUCAAGUAGGCAUUGACAAACAGCGGCAAUUCAAGAAGCGGAACUCCAAAAACAUCUUCCUUCUUACGGGACGAACACGACACAAUUUGGAACGGCGUUUGUACGUGUGCUUGUGUGUGUGUGUGCUACACGAUUAGCUAAGAGGCUGGCGGCGUAAUUCCAGUUUUUCAUUUUUAUGGGCAACAUCGUCCUGCGGAACCGUAUCCUGGAGAAUAUGAACAAUCUCGACGGAGAUGAUGGUGGCGGAGAUAUUGAAAUGCUGCGCGAACGGUUGUUUAACGGUAUCCAACCGCAAGAUGACGAAGAUGAAUCGCCUGCGUCCCGGAGCGAAUUUGCCUCUAUCCUGCGCCAUCUCAUACGGAGCGGUGAAAUAAUGGUGCUUAACUACGAAAGCUACACGCAUCAUCCACUACCGGUGAUAAAGAAGAAACCGAAUCUACAGAAACUGAUGCGUAAUGACAUCUAUCACUCCACCAAGAGCGCAUCGGGACAGAACGAAAUGACGAGCGUUGGUGAGAAUUCGAAUACGUCUACUGCACCGUUUUCUCUAAUGGACAUGGUUACCCAGCGACAGCAAGGACUUGGAAAACGCAAGGGUCCGUUCAUGCAGAGUGAUAAAUGCAAGAUCAUGAACAACUUCCGGCCAAAUACCUGCACCGAAACGGUUAGUUCGUGCGAUUCGAAAGUGUUCUGCGGCAGGUUCACCACCAACGGGAAUCGUUUCGUAACGGCCAGCCAGGACGCGAUGGUACGCGUGUACGAUUCGUCCGGCAGCCAGUAUAAGCUGUUGCGCGUACUGGAGACGAAGCAUGUGGCUUGGUCUAUACUGGACAUCGAUUUCAGUCCCGAUGGCAACUCGUUCGUUUACAGUACCUGGGCCGACGCAUUGUUUAUUUCCAGCAUGGAUCGUGGAAUGUCGGACAGCAUACAUUCGCUAUACUUGAGCCCGAACAACCGGAAGCUAGGCGUAUUUACGGUGUGCUACUCGAGCUGUGGCAAGCACAUUUUGUGCGGUGCCAACGAUGGCAGGCUAUACGCGUACGAUAUCGAGGCCAAUCGGCGUACACUGAUGACGCCCGUUGCACGCGUCGAUACGGAUGUCAACUCGGUCGGGUUCGUCGAUGAGCUGUCGAACAUAUUCUUCAGCGGUAGUGACGAUAGCGUUAUAAAGCUAUGGGAUCGUCGGUGCAUGAACGAAUCGAACCCGGAAGCGGUAGGCCGGUUGAUUGGUCAUUACGACGGCAUAACGUACAUCAAUUCGCGCAAUGACGGUCGGUACAUAAUUUCGAACUCGAAGGACCAAAGCAUUAAGCUCUGGGAUCUGCGGAAAAUGUCACCGUCCAACAUCCGUCGCGAACCAUCCCAUAGUCAGUGGGAUUACCGAUGGGACGACGUACCGAAACGCUUCUUCAACAUUACGAAAUCGCUGAAGGGCGACACCAGUAUAAUGACCUACCGUGGUCACAAAGUGCAGAAGAGCUUAAUCCGCGCAAAAUUCUCCCCUGCAAGCACUACCGGCCAGCGGUACAUCUAUACCGGAUGUGGUACUGGUCGUUUGAUAAUUUAUGACGUACUGACCGGCUCGAUAGUGGAAGCGAUUGAGGGACAUCAUGAUAUUGUGCGCGACGUGGACUGGCAUCCACACAGACCCGAAAUCAUGACUUGUUCUUGGGACUGCAGCGUACAUCGGCAUAUGCAUUGCAGCUCGAUCGAGAAGCAGGAGCACCGGGAAAGGGAGUCAGCAUUGAAGACCGGUCAGCAGCGUAUGCGUCGCCGCCUGUAUAAUCCGAAUCUUUCCAACGAUACUGGUUCCGAUGAUGAUGAUGACGACGAGUUGCCGGAACAGCCACCGGUUCGACGAUCGCGUCGUUUGGCCGAACGGUACAGUAACGAUGGAGGCCGGCACAGCGCAAGCAGUAGUAGUAGCAGCAGCAGCAGUAGCAACGCAAGCACUAGCAGUGGUCGCAGUAGCAGCAGCAGCAGCAGUGGCCGCAGCUCAAGCUCCGGACGAAUCAGCCGUAAUGGGAAUUUUUCCGCCUCACGAUCGAUGCCCUCGUUCGAGUCAUCUAUUCGUUCUUUGCGCCGACGGCUUCGCGACAGUCCGUGAUAAACAUGAUCCGUCGUGUUUUACGGGUGGGCGCUGCUGUUGCUGUUUAUGUCGACAAAAGCGUAAAAAGCAAACAAAAGCAUGGAAUAGCAUGAUGCGGCAGUGCCCGCGAACUACCUUUCCUUAUGCGUUACUGCUACAGGUGCAGGUCUUCAACCACGAUAGUACGUGGUAAAUAUGUGACGCUACAUGGAAAAUAGAAUUAUUUAAAUCAGGAUGUAGUGUUACAACGAUUAAUUGCUAGAGACAGAAGGAGAGAGAUCAGGAUACACUGGAUAUGCAAAUUAUUUUCCUGUUUGUUUUCAUUUCAACGUUAAGAAAUCUUUUAAUAAAACUUCGGGAAGGAAUGGCUACAAUAUCAUACAGAAAAUGCAAAUUAGUUUCGCGAUCGUGUUUAGGAAAAGUUUAAAAUUUUUCCAUUUAACACAACUUUUGCGUUUGCUGUUAAAAACAAGUUGAAGUUCAGCGUCAAGCUUCAAACUGUACGACUUUUUGAAGAUAAAUGUUCCCAGAUGCAAUGAAAGUGUAGGACCACACGUAAUAGAUUAACGAUAAUUUCCCCUUUUUUGUGUUUUCUUUUUUUUAAGAUAUUUACACGUAAACAAAUUCGCAAAAAGAAACCCCAAACAUCAAACCGUAUCGUAGGAGCAAAACUCCCAUCCGUGCGCGUACAUAUGUGCUUGUAAUGGCUAUUGAUUAUCACACUCCUUUUUUAUCAGGGCUGCCACAUCGUGGCGGGGCGAAUUGUGCGCAGAAGGGGGGAAUGUAGCGGGAGCACAUUAAUCAUUCUACUGUACAUUUUAUGUAAUGUUAUAUAUAUUCGAUGGACUGAUUUUUGUAUUCAAUUAUUCAACUGUUAUAAAAGGGCGGAAGAGCGUGGAGCAUAUUUCAGUAAAAUCGAAUAAAGUUAAAAUAA